GUGGCCACGGACUGUGAGCUCAGCGGCUGCGCGGGCGGUCAGGUUUUGAGCGGGCGCCGACAGGCAUCGGCAAAAACGCCUCUCCCUUCCGAGGGCCUCACGCGGCCGCCAUCUUGAAAGUGUCGCGGCGGCCGGGACACUCUUGACCUUCUCAAUAUGGCGGAUGGGAAAAAAAAAAAAAAAAAAAAGCGCGGGAAAAUCGUGGUCCGCGUGCUGCACUGCCCGCGCGCCACGCAGGGGCCGCCCCGCCGGGAUUUCCCGCGGCCUUGCCAGUACUGCGGACACGGGCUGUUGCCGCACUUGCGCCGCGGGCGGGGAAAUGCAGGAGAACGCGAAAGCAUCGGGGCAGAGCAGCCGCUGGAGGUGCCCGAGCCGUCUCCCCCUUGCCCGCAGGGCCGGAGUUGCCCACCGCCGGCAGCUGACAGGUCCGUGCUGGAGAGUGGGAGAAGGGUCCCUGCUGGCUGCCGUGUCCUGGGUGGGCACAGAGCUCUGACCUCGGCCAGAUGGGCUGUUCGGUUUCUUUCUCACAGGUUUCCGGGUGUUUUGAUCCUGACGUCGCCAAAGCCUCAGGCUUCUCUCCCUGGGCCCUUGCCGUUGCCGUAUCUCUUGGAUGCCGUGCAGAACGGAAUCAGGCAGCCAAGCCUCAGGUUCGCCUUCUCCCUCACCCUCUGCGCUGCUCGUGUGGCACAGCAGAUCCUGAAGCCAGAGGAGCACGUGUACAUAAGGGUAAAGAGAUUCCUUCUGUCACACCGGUAUUUGGACCUGAGGAAGGUACCAGGUUUUCUCCAGCUUUUCUACAGUUUUGAUUUUGAGUACAAAACAGCACGAGUGGAUCCUCAGAUUUCUUGGGGAAGGGCUGCGUGACAAACAUUGCUGUGAGCUCUAUGUCUACCAGAGGAUUUUCCGGGUCAUUCUUUCCUUUCUCAGCAGUCCUUUGUGUGACCAGGGCUCCCAGAGUCGCAUUCUGGAGAUACGACAGAGUGCUGCCCGUGUCACCUCUAGAGCUGCCCAUGAGCCGAUAGAGGAUCACAGCCUCCUCUCGUGGGUCCUGCACGGCUUAGAGAAAAGGUUUCUGGAGAACAAGGUGAUAAAUAAAAUGAUUUCCUUACUCCAUCCUCUGUGGCUAAUAAAUUUAGGAGACAAGAGAGAAAACAGGAAUCGGUCCCAGAUGCUGCUGUUGAGAUGGGUAUAUGAUCUACCUGUAUAUAGAUAUAUGCGUAUCUCUGUAUAUCUGUGUAGUGAUAAUAAUGGGAGUUUUUAUGAUACGUUGCUUUACUGUCUUCUAUUUUUAAUAAAGUGUGAUUUUAAGUUAUUAGGUAUAACAUUUUAUUCUGCUUAUUGGCUAAAGUAACAUUUUCUUGUAUUUUAUUGGUAUCAAGUCAUGUUAAUCAUUAAUUGGUAAGAGUUUAUAAUGAAUUAUUAAGGUGUGAAUAUUGUUCAUUAAGGUACGUCUUUUUUUUACUGUAGGUAUUUUCAUGUGUUCGUACGGGUUUUUAUGUUAAUGAUUUUGGGUUUUUGUGUUAUGAAUAUAUUAGUAUUUUAUUAUGGGUUUUUUUGGUUAGUUUACUUGUUUGGUGUGUAGAUCACUCCUGUUAAGUAUGUUUAUCUAUAUAUGUUUUAAAAUGUAAGUUAUAAAUCUACUUGUUAAGGAUUUUUGUAGAGUUCUAUGUAAAAAUUUAAAUCGGUAGGGGAGAUAAAAAGCAGUAAUUAUUAAUAAGAUGAGUAUUUUAGUUUUUAAUAAUGAUUUAAGUUAUUCAGCGAUGUUUUAAUUUUUGAAAAUAUUAUUUAGUUAUUUUUUAUGUGUGAUUGAUUAAUUUUUAAAAAAAAAAUUAGUAAUGUUUUUGUAAAUUGAUUUCUUGUGAUUUCAUCAAUUUAUAUAUUUUUAAAAAUGUUUUCUAUUUAUGAUUGUGUGUGAAUAAUAAAAAAUGAACAGUUGUUUUAUUUUGUAAGGUAGUAUGUUUAAAGAUGUUCAUAUUUGGCAGUAAUUUAUUUAACGUUAUACAUGUGUUAUUGUUUGAUUUGGUUAGUUAAUAAGUAAGUUCAUUUGAUGUGCUUCAAGUGUGAGUUGUAGUUAUUUUAGGUGUUAAAAGAGAUGUAGAACUAAUAGAAUUAGGUUGUUAAAAGGUUGUACGAUUUUGAUCCUGAGAAGUAAAUUUGUGUUGGAGUGAUUGGGUAUUUUUGGGUGGGUGUUCUUUUUUUUGGUGUUUUUUUUUUUUUUUUUUUUUAUAUGUAUUAUUGUUCUGUUUGGUCUUAGUGGGUUAAUUGUUUUAAAUUGUAGGUUUGCUGUUUUGAGGUAACUUCUUUGUGGUUUGGUGUGGUUUGGGGGUUGUUUUGUAACUAAAUAUUGUACAAGUAUUUGUUUGUAAUGAUUUGAGUAAUUUUACUUUUGGUGGUUUACCUGUCAUUUGGGGUAUGAGUGUAUAAAUGUUAUUUGAAGAGUUUA